AUGCAUAACCAAUAUCCAUCAGAUAAAUCCUUAUCAACGAUAUUCGACCCUUCUACACCUCCUCAAGGAUCAUCCUCUCGACCGAGUUAUCCUUCACCAACAACAGCGACUGAAUCCGAACCAUUCAUCAGAUCGCCAACGAUCCCAUCUUCACCGGCACCUGCAUACACAGCUUUACCGCAUCGUGAUGUAGAUUUUCAUUUCACCCCCAUGUUAGAAGGUAAAGUAGGGGAAGUAGAAUUGGAGACAAUUGAUGGGAAAAGGUUUUUGGUUCAUAAAAAGGUUUUAGAGCAGGAAACAGUAUUUUUCCAUAUAUAUUACGGUUUCGUUCCAGUAUGGAGAUUAAACGCAGCUUCUUCCUCUUCCUCUUCGUCAUCUGAAAACCUGGCUAUACCUAUUCAUCAAGCUACUUCAGUACCCCCUUCUUCCAACACCAUUACUCCUAGGACUACUACACAGGGAUUAAACAGUUUAUUCUGUCUACCUAAAAUCAUCGUUAACACAUUAUCAAGAAAUUCAGUAUCAGCUUCACCUUGUCCACCUCCUCCUGCAUUUGAGAAUCAUUCGCUUCCUCCACCAUUACCACCCAAAGAUAACGUCACAGCUCCUACGCCCACCAGUUCACCUUACACUUGGGUGGUACCUGAAUCUUCGACUGUCUUGGUCGCUUUCUUAUCAUUGAUCUAUCCUCGAGGAAUAAUAACCAGGAGUCCGAAUGAUUUACUUGAUUCGUUAGAAAUAACUAGUAAAGUAGUUAGAGCUUCGUUAGGAUAUCAAUCUUCCAAAGCAUUGAACAUCUCGAGAGAUAGAUUGAGUCAUUGGAUGAUUGAACAACCAAUCGAAACUUAUUCGAUGGCUAGUUUCUUCAAGUUCAAUGAUUUGAUCAAAUUAUCUUCCUCGUACGCUUUAUCUAUCCCACCCGAACGAUGGUCUGAAGAAACGAAUCAUAUAAUGGGACGUAAAGCAUGUAACAAGUUGAUCGAUUUACAACACACAAGAUUAGAAGGAUUAAAGAGUAUCCUGAAUAAUCCAAUGGAGAGGGAUGAACAUUCAUGUGGAUGCGUGAGGUUCAAAAUGGCAGAACAAGUUUGGAUUAGUAUGACUAAACAUUUAAAAGAAGAUCUGAAGCCAGAGAUGGAGUUGCUGGAACUGUUACAGGUCGACUUGAGAGGUGGUCAUUGUGGUGAUUGUUUGGUUUUAUUAGGUAAAUCAAUACAAAAAGCCAUUUUGGAAGCGAAGGAAUUGCCCAAAUCUCUUUGA